UGGACUUGUUCUCCCCGCUGGUAUAACCCAGGAAAUGUGUUAAGACUAUGAGGUCAGGUUCUCCCUGCCGGGUGUCCGCGUAGGGGUGUGCAAUCUCGCUACUGGGGUGCCAGCCUGUCUUCUCUCUCUCACCAUAGACAGGUAUUUCACUGCAUAAAGAAACCACAUCAAAAUGGACCAUACCAUACGCCUAAACCAUCACAAGGAUACUGAGACUGGUAUCAACCGCCUGAUCAACAUGGAGCUCUAUGCCUCCUAUUUUUACCUCUCCAUUGCGUAUUACUUUGACCGAAGCGAUGUUGCGCUUGAAAACUUCAUGAAGUUCUUCAAGAAGCAGUCAUGCAAGGAACAUGAACAAGCUGAGAGACUGAUGAAAUUCCAGAAUCAGCGAGCAGGCAAAAUUGAACUUCAAGAUAUCAAGAAGCCAGACCAGGGCUGGGACAGUGGUUUGCAGGCAAUGCAAUGUGCUCUGCAGUUGGAGAAGAAUAUUAAUCAACAUCUUCUGGAGUUAUACAAGUUGUCCCAGGAUAGAAAUGACCCUCAUUUGUGUGAGUUUCUGGAAAUUCAUUAUUUGGGAAAACAAGUCAAGACCAUCAAGAAUCUUGGGGACCACAUUACAAACUUGCAUCGUCUUGGUGCUCCCCAGAAUGAAAUGGCUGAAUACCUAUUCGACAAGCACACAUUGGGGAAAGAAUAGUUAAUGCAACAUCAGGACUACAUCUACUGUAUAUACAACAAUAUCCUUUCACAAACAUUCUGUACCAUCCACCCCACUCCAUGCUGAACAAAUGUUGAGCACCACUAGAAUUUUCAAACUAUUCACAUCUGUAGGAAAACUUCACACUUACCACAACUUUAGUUUAGGCUUGUCACUGAUUAACGCUUUCAUUGACUAAUUCUUAGAAUUUGACAGCAGGACUGAAAAAAAUUCAUGGAACCUAACUGAAUGAAUAGGUGAGAUCAAUAUAUCAAUACAAGAUAUUUUGCCAAAGAAUAUGAAUCAGUUAAGAACAUAAGAAAUGAGGCGACAAAGAAGUCCUUAGCACCUGAUGUGCAAUUCAAUAAGGUUAUGGCUGAUCUUUUAGGGAUUUUUCAGUUUUUAAUGAAGUUUCACUGAAUUCGUCACUUUUAAUAAAUUAAUGGCAUUUAAUUUUUUGCUAAUUUUAGUACAUCCUAUAAUUUUUUUCUGGGCAUUUAUUUUUGCAAAAUAGCUCCCGUGGUAAAAAUAUAUAGAUGCCAAUGUUACUAUAAAGAGAUUGUUCUAUUUACUAGUUUCAAACUUUUUCUUCUUAUUCCCUUAAUUUCAACCCAAUUUUAACUUUGGAAAAUAAAUCCUUAUGAAAUAUUGGGAGAAAAAUCAUUGUGAAAAUGAAAACCAAAAAAAGUGCAGAACACUUCUGAUCUUCUAGCUCAGCUCCACUUUCCUGAAUAAUCUUCAUGUUCCUUUACUGUCCUGAAAUCUAUCAUUGUCUAAUCUUGAAUGUGUACUGUGACAAAGCAUCCAUGGUUCUAGGAAAAUCGAGGAGAUGCAUGCCUCACUUCCAACCUGACCCGAUUGCUUGAAUAUGAUAUAGGUAGAGCUGCUGCAUCCCAACUGACCCUCUACAUAAUUACCUACACAUACAAAUACAAUAGUUUAUUCAGAUUUUCCUGGUUUUAUGCAAAAGUAGCAUUUAUAUUUCUUAAAAUAAAGAUUGUUACGGAACUGUGAAAAUGAUAGCAUUAAAACACAUUCAGA